AUGAAACUAGAUGUUUAUACUAUUCAGUGAAUUGUUUUUUAAGGUACCGGGCUAAUGUGUUAAGAUAGAGUUAAAAUGUAUAAAAAAAUCUGUAAAUCAAAGCAGUGAAAAUUGAAUUUACAUCCAGUAAAAAGAACGAUUUCAAUAAUGAACAUGAACGAGAAUAGAGACAAAGAGAGAUCUGUUCUCGGAUCGGAAUACAGAACUAAUGAGAACUACGGAACUAUCAAUGUGUCAGAUGGCGAUAGACAAGCAAACAGUGACGAUGUUCCCCUAAUUCAUUCCCCGAUGGUCUGGCAACUUCCAAGGCAAAAGAUGCACGCGAAGAAACAAGGCGUUUAUAACACAGAAAAUUCGCGAAGAACGCUGAACACGUUUUCUGGAGUCUUCUGCCCGAUUGCCCUGAACAUGUUUGGCACCAUUCUAUUCCUUCGAAUAGGACUGGUGAUUGGCCAGGCGGGUAUUGUACUAACCAUUGUCCAACUGUUGUUGGCCUACCUCAUCCUGUUGCUGACAGUGUUAAGUAUUUGUGCUAUAUCGACCAAUGGAGCGGUGGAAGGGGGUGGAGCCUAUUACAUGAUAAGCAGAGCCCUGGGUCCGGAAUUUGGCGGCAGUAUUGGUUUUCUGUUCUUUGUGGCGAACGUUCUGUCGUGUGCCCUGUACGUGUCUGGUUUUACGGAGGGGAUCAUGGAAAAUUUCGCGCAAGGAGGUACGUAUGUGUCAGCGACAUCAGGUUUGCCGACGGACACGGACGGGUGGUGGAAGUAUCUGUACACGACAGUUGUGAUGCUUAUCAUGCUGCUGGUCUGCAUGGUCAGCGGGUCCAUGUUUGCAAAAACACUCUCCGUCAUCUUAUUGAUCACAAUUGUGUGCACACUGUCCGUGUGCAUCAGUGUGUUUGCGGAGAACAAAGAGAGGGCAAUAGGGAUUCCAAGGGAGAACACACGCUUCAAUUCCUCUGAUGUUACAUUCAACUACACGGGUCUCAGGUCGAAAACAUUCCACCAAAACGCCUUCUUGCGUUACACGAACGCCUCCGGAGUGGACGUCGACUCCUUCCAGGUAGAUUACAGCACGGGAAAAGUGAUGAACUUUGAGACUGUCUUCGCUGUUCUUUUCAGCAGCGUAACCGGAAUUAUGAAUGGCGCCAACGUGUCAGGUGAGCUGAAGGAUCCUAGCAAGUCAAUCCCGAGGGGAACACUGGCGGCAGUAUGUUUUACGUUCUGCACCUAUUUCGUUCUCGUCAUUCUUGUUGGAGGGUCUUGCUCCAGAGACCUGUUGAUCAACAACUAUCUGUUUCUCCAGGAUAUCAACUGGUGGAGUGGCUUUGUCCUGAUUGGAAUAUUUGCCACAACCCUCUCAGCCGCUCUAGGGAACCUCAUAGGGGCCUCAAGAAUAUUGGAGGCCCUGGCUAAUGAUCACCUGUUUGGAAAGGUGUUAAACCCAGCCACGAAAACUACGAAGGGAGGUAACCCGUAUGUUGCUGUGCUGAUUUCUUGGGUGCUUGCACAGCUGGUACUAUUGAUUGGCUCCCUAAACUUGAUAGCCCCGCCAACCACCGUGUUCUUUCUGCUUUCCUACGCCUCUACCAACCUCGCAUGUGUAGCCCUGGAUCUCGCCUCUGCACCAAAUUUCAGGCCAACGUUCAAGUACUUCAGCUGGCACACUUCCCUAUUGGGCUUGCUGGGAAGUAUGGUGAUGUGUUUCUUCAUAUCCUCCAUCUACACGUCAGUGGCGAUCAUCAUCAUGCUGGUGUUGAUCAUAGUUCUCCACCUGCGCUCCGUGCCGAGCCAGUGGGGAUCUAUAAGUCAGGCCUUGAUUUUCCAUCAGGUUCGCAAAUACUUACUGAUGUUGGACAUCCGAAAGUCCCACGUCAAGUACUGGCGGCCACAGAUCCUUCUGAUGGUAUCGAGGCCCAAACAGUCGCCCCAGCUCAUCGACUUUAUCAACGAUAUCAAAAAAGGCGGUCUAUACGUCAUAGGGCAUGUGCGUAAAGGUCAUAUUGAUGACUUCAAAGAAAAUGACCCACUAAAUGAUGAGCAUUUACGUUGGAUGCAAUUAGUUGAUAGGCUACAGAUUAAGGCUUUUGUUGAACUGACUCUGGCUCGAACGGUAUGCGACGGUCUCUAUUACUUGAUACGCUCAGCUGGAAUUGGUGGUCUGAAAACAAAUACUGUGUGUUUUGGGUUUUAUGAUAAUCACAAGGCGGAAGAUGCACUGGCCAAGUUUCGUUAUCAACGGAAGCGGAUUUUCGGAGCGGUGUCAAAUGCGGGACAGCUGUUCGAUGCCGGGGAGAUUUUCAGGGGAACAAGAAAAGGGGACAAAGACUUGACUGGCACCGAGUAUGUGAAGAUGAUUGCUGAUUCACUAAAACUGCACAAGAACGUGAUGCUGUGUCGUCAUUUCCAUCAGCUUGAUAAAGAGGCAAUGAAAUCGUCAAAGGGGACUUUGUUUAUUGAUGUGUGGCCAGUAAACUUCUUCCGACCGGAAACGUCAAGUUAUUUCGACAACACAUGUCUCUUCCUACUUCAGCUAGCUUGUAUCAUAAACAUGGUCCCAGGCUGGAAAUCUAGAGCAAGUCUGAGAGUCUUCUUAUUUGUUAACUCACUCUCCGAAAAUGACAACAACAAGGAACAUAAACUUGAAAUAUAUUUACGUCAGCUGCGCAUUCCUGCAAAAAUCCAGGUUGUCUCGUGGGAAACCAUAGCCCCAGGCAUGAUCACCAAAGACAGUUUUGAUCUUAGUCUCCACUAUUCAGAAAGUCGCAUGCAGGAUUAUAACCCCAUUUCCUCAGACAUUCUACAGGCGAUAAAUCAAACAAUAGUAUCAUCUUCAAACAGAACUGCGGUGACAUUUUUGUACCUUCCCCGACCUCCAGAAGAUAGAGUUGAUUACGAGCGAUAUCUUACGCAGUUGGAAGAAAUAUCGGACAACCUUCCGCCAACGGUGUUUGUACAUGGAAUACAUCCUGUUACCUCGACUACACUUUAAUGUAAAGACAGGGACUAACUGCAUGUUUUUAAAGACAUCACAUUUCUGACAACCGAUUGCUGUUGUGACAGAAUGUCGUUUUAUGUGGAUGUCGAAGCUUUCAAAGUGAAAUUAGUUUUAUUUGCGAUACAUGUUUACUACUGUAUCAACAUUCGGAUUGUGCGCAGAUGAUGGAAAUGUCUUCUGUUUAAAAAAUAACUUUCCAUCAAUGUUUGGCCAUAUAUUUAUUUAUACAUGUACAUGAAUGUUUUAUUUUUUAUUUUGUCGUUAUGCUUUAAUGUAUUUCAAGCUAAUAAAGAAAAUAUACAUCGUA